GAGAGAGGUUAAUCAUCAUUUGUGCUUCAAGAUGAAGCUCCUCUUGAUUCUGUAUCUCUCUUCUCUCUUCUGCUCAGUGCACAGCAUGCUCCCAAAGUGCCUUAUGUGUGCGAGUUAUGAAGGUCAGUGUAGCACUGCAACUUUAACUGAGUGUGAACCAGGCUUAGUGUGUUCUUCUCUGAGAUAUAGUGUUGUUGCAUCAGAGUUUGGUGUGAGUUCUGCUGCUGUUGCACGAAUAUGCCUUGAACAAGACCUGUGUUCUCUGCUAAGUCCAACGGCUUCAGGCAUAACUUACUCAGCUAACUUUGGAGUGGCAUCCGUCUUUGGUUUCCUCUCCUGCUGUGAUACCGAUCUUUGCAAUAACAAAAACAUCCCUGAACUCGACAACACCCCAAAUGGACUGCAAUGUCCAACCUGCAAUAGUGUAGCAGACCCAACAUGCAACUCUACUGUGUCCUGUGUGGGAAACCAAGAUAGAUGUGCAAACGGCACCUUUCCAAAUAUGCAAAUUUUUGGCCAAGCGAUAAACAAGCCUGUGAUGGGAUGCGUCUCCAAAAGUGUUUGUGAAGCUGCCAAAGUGGCAACUUUCACUUGCACUUCACCCAAAUUAUCUAAUAGGAGUGAAGCCUGGAUCAGACUGGACCUCAGCCUUUUACUCCUGGUCCUGACUGCUACCUUACUACUUCAAUAG